UCACUUUUGUUUUCGUUCGGGGCUCCUCCGAUCUAGAUAAAAAAGCAGCGCAGCGCAGCACAGCUCAGCUCGAGUGUCGAGUCUGAAUCUUCCUGAGUUCCGGAAGCGAUUGCAGUGGUAGAGAGGACAGUAGAGUUGGCAAGCAAAGCGAAAGCGAAAAAGAUGAAGCUGCUUCUGCUGGUGGUGGCGUCCCUGAUCGCCGUGUGCCUCGCCGAACCAAAGCCCGCCAUUAACGAGGUGAAACCGAACCAACCGCUCCAGAAACCGGGCCGAUUCCUGUCGCUGCCCGUGCCGUCGAAAUGUGCAUCGCGUCCGAAGGAGUUUAGCUACCGCGGACACAACUAUUUCUACAGUGCCCACGUGCCGGCACUGAAAGACAAGCGGGUCGACUGGCUCGACGGGCGUAACAUUUGCCGCGAGUACUGCAUGGACCUGGUGUCGGUGGAGACGCAGGAGGAGAACAACCUGAUCUUCCGGCUGAUCCAGCAGAACGACGUGCCGUACAUCUGGACCGCGGGUCGUCUGUGCGACUUCAAGGGCUGCGAGGGCCGCUCGGACCUGGAGCCGAAGAACAUCUACGGCUGGUUCUGGUCGAACAACCGCGAGAAGAUCCACGCCACCAACCAGAUCCCGAACGGCUGGGGAUACAACCCGUGGAGCAAGUCGGGCCACAAGAAGAUCCCGCAGCCGGACAACGCCGAGUUCGACAUCAACCAGACGACCGAGUCGUGCCUGUCGAUCCUGAACAACGUCUACAACGAUGGCAUCGCCUGGCACGAUGUGGCCUGCUACCACGAGAAGCCGGUCGUGUGCGAGGAUUCGGAGGAGCUGCUGAACUACGUGGCCGCCACGAACCCGGGCAUCGUCCUGUAGGGCACCGGCCCUUUGUCCUUCCCCCUCCCACAUACGCAGAGCCGACCCAAACCCCGCAACUGCCAGCAGUCUUUACUCGAGGAACAGUGCCACCUAACCUCCACCCCGUUCGCUACUAUACUGCUCAUCAUACCUAGCGUAGUCGUCGGUUCUUCGUUUCGUAGUCGGAAUGGUACACAGAAAACAUUCGACCAGUUCUCAAAAGGAGCUCACAAAUCCGUCCUCACUGAGAAAGCCUAACGCGACCUCCAGAGCUAAACGUUC